AUGAGGAGGCACUACACCUUAUCAUCGCAACAUCAGCAGUGCUCUCAGAGAUUGGAUGAAAACUUGAAGGCCAAGCUGCCACCAGGUGGUUCCAUGCCGACUAAGGUGCACACGCCACCGCCGCCACCGCUCUACAAGACACAGUUUCUAUCAGAUCCAAUCAUGACUGUCCCGUCGUACAAGCAUCGUCGACGUGGAGACUGCGAAUCGCUGUCCUUCUUUCAGGACCUCGAUGAACUGAGUAGCAUGAAGUACGUGUCGCGAGACGCAUCGGGUGAUGACAUGCUCGAACGUGCGUUGCUGCAGAUGCGCAAAGACCAAACGGCCUUCUUAGCUGCCGACGAAAUUCGGAACGCACAGCAAUCAGCAUCCUCAAGACAACAAUCUUGUCGUCGCAAGCCUUCACACAAGCCUUCACAAAAGAAAGUGCCGUCACGUGACACAGUCAGACCAAGCUUGGCGGCGACACAUCCAGCACUUUACACUCGCAUUCCAUCUCAGAAGAAUUCUCGAGCAGAUCAAAGCGCGUUUGAUCCGGGCAUGAUGCAGCGCACUCACGCCGGCGCCGGCGCUGCUCACGGCAAACCUGUCCAGCCGGCCACUCGACAAGACAGUGCUCGAGCAACCACUUGCGAAUCAGCCGAUCUUCACGGCCCACGCAUCGGGAACACACCAGAGCACUCCGUUAGAGUCGUUACCCAGACCGUAAAUUUCGCCGUCUCCAUGAGAAGCCCUUCUGCCGACACGGCGCACUUGCCGCUCAUCAACUUCCAGGAUCCGAGUCUGUCGAACCCGCAGCCCAGACAUCUACGCUGUGACUUUGAGUCCGAGUUUGCGGGCCUGGUCAGUCCCGUCCUUCUGACAGCUCUGCCAUUCGGAUCUGUCAUCGAGACGGCGAACUUAUACCCUGAUGAGAAGUGCGAGAAGUGCCAGAUGUACGCAAAGGGUGACAGAACUAAGUGCCCAGAUCACAUUGGCGAUGCUGGUACGCAGGGAUUCACACCUUGGGCGAGCUUGCACGAGGACUGA